UUAAGUAGCAUACUGAUGAUCGUGUUUUCCGCCGGAUGCGGAUAUAAUUCAAUGUAUCAAGGUAAAAAAACCAUUUAUGUAUGAAUACAGAUUUAUGUAUCAGAUUAAAAAUCAUGAAAUACUUAUACUUAUACGGUAAAAAUAAGUAUUCAGUUAUAAAAUAGAAUCGUAUGUGGAAAACAUUAAAAAUAAUUCUAAAGUAAAAUAUAAAGAUUUAAUACAAGUUUUUAUUUUAAUAUAAUAAUGUAUAUCGAAUACUUUUAUUUUUUUAUAAUAAUUAAUUUAAUAUACUGUGAUCGAGGUGAUUUUUAUUCACGUGAUUAUCGAUAUACUAAUACAUUGGCAUGCCCAGAUAAUAAAAUAUGUAUUCCAUUGGAUUAUUGUUCUGAUAUAGUGACGUUAUUAAAUGAAGCUACUCUUCCUAUCCAUCGAUUUCGACAAGCUGUUUGUGGCUACGUAGGAAAAACAGCUAAAGUUUGUUGUAAUUCACCUCGUGACAUUGGCAAUUAUAAUCCUGAUUAUAGCAAUAAAAAUCCAGAUCAUUCAUCAGAUCCUAAACCUUCACGUGAUUGUGGACAAAGUUUAAUAAGAAGUUAUACUCCAACUUUAGGAGCAUAUCCUUUUGUUGCUAGAAUCGGAUUUAUUAAUCUAUGCGAUGAAAGUAUUACAUAUCCUUGUACUGGAACAAUUUUAAAUGAACGAACUGUAUUAACUACUGCAACAUGUGCUUUAGCUAAUUCUGACGAUUAUAAACUACAUUCAGUAUUAAUUGGCGACUUUGAUACAUCAACAAAUCCAGAUUGUAAUAAAUUAUUUUGUGCAUAUUGUUCACAAUCAUAUGAAAUAUCUUACGUAGUAAAACAUCCAAAUUUUAAAGCUGAAACUUAUGAACGCAAUGUUGCUCUUAUUCGUCUCAAUAAAUCUAUUUCAUUUACACUAACAGCACAACCUAUUUGUUACUCUGAUCAACAAUAUAUUACAAUCGGUAGUACUGCAAUCCUUGUAGGCUGGGGAAAAUUAUCAGAUGAUAUAAAAUCAACUCAACAACAAAUUUUACCAAUUAAAAUAUUACCAACUCAAAAUUGCGAUGAAUUUAUGUCUCAAGGUUUUGAUGUUGAGCUCUGUGCCGUUGGUUAUCAAGAUCCUUGUUCGGGAUUCAGUGGUAGUCCUUUAAUUACUCGUGAUGGAAGUGGUUUUACAGUGAUCGGAAUGUUAUCUUAUGGUUCUAGUUGUGAUUCAAAUAAACGUUUACCAUCAGUAUUUGUAAAUAUUCAAAAAUACGCUUUGUGGAUAACAGAAAAUUCUUGAAUUUCGAUUAAUCAGAUUGAAAUAAUUUGUUUUAUUGUUUUUUCACAAAAUAUAGAUUUUUAAGAACAUAUUGACCUAUGAAUUCUUGUUCAAGAUUAAAUUUCCUUGAACAAUAUGCAAAAAAAAAAAAUUUAUAGUUUUUCAAGUUAUCGAUCUCCUUAAAUUUUAAGUUUUGGAAAUAAAUUUUUGUGCGACAAUUUUUAAAAUUAAAAAAUUCAAAAUAAAUGUGUACUAAGUUCAUACGAAAUAUGUACGGCAAUUGCUAACAGAAAUGGUAAAAUGAAAGAUUAAUUUAAAAGUUUCCUACUGAGGAUGUUGACAUUCGAAACAUCAUCAUUAGUUAUAAUAAAAUUUUAACUUUUAAUUACAAAAAACUACUAAUUAAUAUGAAUCUAACAUAAAUCUUUUAAUAUAUUUAAUUUUAAUUUUAUUUAAAUUUAAAUUGAUACGAAAAGAUAACACAAGACCACCCGUUUAAAAGCAGCAACUCCUGGAUUUUCUAAAUUUGUGUCGGGAUGAUUCACUACUUCUGUAAUAUUCAAAUAUAAGGUUCUUCGAACCUUAAUUUCUUCAGUGAAUCCCCAUCAUCGUUUUCAACGAAUGCAAAAAAAUGAUUAUGUUCUAAUUAAUUAGCAUAUAGUGCAAUAAUUUUGUAUCUAUUAAAGCAGUAGUCGUUUCUAGUUACUGUUUGUUAUUCUUUAAAUUAAAUUUUAAAAUAUGUAAAUAAUGUUAUGUAUACUGCUGAUUAGCGUAAAUAAAUAAAUAAUUUAAUUUUACUUUCAUUCAUUCUUUCUUUAAUAUAAACCUACUUAAUUAAUAAAAUGUCGAAACAAACAUUCUUCUGUUUGAACUUAGCGUCAUAUAAAAAUGAUCGAUGUAGAGAUGGAAAAAUGUGAAAAUAAUUUUCUGUACCCUGGUGAAAAUUUUUUCGGAAUUUUCUCUGGAAAACUCAGUUCUAAAGACUUUCAGAGUUUUUCAGAAAAAAGUCAGAAAAAUUUCCACCAGGGUAGAGUUGUUGCGAUGUAAAAAUUUAGGGUAGAGGUACCAUUUGUGGCCACUGCUCCAUUUUUGGGCAUUUAAUCCUUUAUUUUAAUUCAUGAAAAAGUGUAAAAUAAAAUUUUCAUUUUAGUAGUGGGAUAGAAGUAUCCUUGAACACAUUUCAAAAAUUAAUUUUGUCACUGCGUCUUUUACAAAUUAUUUUAUUUAAGUUUAUCAAGUGUCUAAAACUGGCCCUAAAGUGGCCAAAAACGGUACCUCUACCCUAUCUGUAGAGUUGAGUCGAGGGAAAAACUUUGUGAGAUUUUAUAAUGUAGAGAAAUUCUAUGUAGGUACCCAGAUAGCAAAAUCACGUCUUGAUGAGUUCAGAAUGAAUUCCUAUUUAUGAUUUGGACGUCUCAUCAACAUCUUAAAGAAGUCUUUAAGAAGUUCUCAAGAUGUCGAAUGAGCCACCCAGCGAACUCAGUAAGACGUUUUUAAAGAGUUCUCAAGGAGUUCUUUUUUCUGACUUUGCAAAUAAAACUUCAGUAUAAAUUUACCAUGACGUCUUUAAGGAGCUUUUAAUUUUUACUUCAUAAAGAAGUUUAAAAAAGAAUACAUUUAGUCGUCACAAAACUGACGUCUUAUUUAUGGAGUCUUCAAGAACUCUCAAUUAAGAGUUCUUAAAAAUUACACCUUUAAGAAGUUAUUAUAAGACUUCUUGAAGACGCCUUCAAAAAAACGUCGUAAAGCAGUCAUUCCGACUUGAAUGCUGUCUGGGUAUACACCACACCCAAAUUUAGUUACUAUAUUUUAUAAAAUCAUGUAAUUUAUAAUAAACAAUUU